AUGAGCCUCAGGUCCACGGUAGUAGUGUUUAUCAUCUACGUAGGAAUUUAUACGCCGAGCAUUCGACUUACUUUGGCACAUCAGCCAGCAUCGUCGGAAAAUUGCGUGCAGCAAAAUGGCUAUCAGCUGGAAGAGUUUCAGACAGAGAAAAGUGGGGAUUCCCAGACAGUUUCCUGGUUGGCUUUAAAUGGUACUUCGCAAGGCACAUUGCACUCGGGAGUUCUAAUGUGUUUUCCUAGUUUGAAGAAGCUAAGCGUCACCAACAGUGAUUUAACAACGAUCGAUAAGGAUGCUUUUCAACCAGUUUCUUCGUUGAGGACGCUAAAUAUCAGUGGUAAUACUUUAAAUUCACUGCAGGAUGGUGGAACAUCGGUACUUCGGGGCUUGUUUCUGUUACAACAUUUGGACUUAAGUCGCAAUAGAUUACGAGCGUUACACGCUAAACACUUUCGUGAUUUACACAAUCUAACGGAGCUGAUUAUUUCGAGCAAUAGUUUACAAACGAUCCACGCUAAAGCGUUCCUAGGCUUGCGGAACUUGAAAACGUUGGAUCUGGCACAAAACAAGAUCGGUUAUUUGCCUACCGAGAUGCUUUCCCACAGUAAAAGUUUAAAGGUGCUAUCGCUAAGAGAUAAUCGGAUAAAACAUUUUAGCAGUCGUACUUUCAGAGGACUGGAAGCACUGGAGGAGUUAGAUCUGAGUAAUAACGAAAUUUCCAGCCUACCGAAAACAACAUUCUUAUCGGGGAUCCAAUUGAAGGUGCUUCUUUUGAAUGGUAACGGUCUCGAUAAGCUUGAGGAGUCUGUGCUCAGCUCUCUUGGACAUCUUGAAUAUUUAAACAUUUCAGAGAACAAUAUAACCGAACUGUCACCAGCGUUAUUCAAUCCGUUGAAAAGUUUAAAAUAUUUCAACGCUCAAGCAAAUCAGCUGAAGUCAAUAUCAAGCAACCUAUUCAACGAUAACUUGUUGCUGGAAGAGAUUAAUUUGAGUGAUAAUAAGAUUAGUAUUAUUCGAUGUGAUUCAGUUGCUAAUCUACAAUUUUUGAAAAGUGUUAAUCUAACAAACAACCUGCUGGGUAGCAGCGCUUGUCUAGCGGUUGCAGCUAACGCGAGUGUUAAGCUGUAUCUGAACGGUAAUAAAUUAGAAAAGACAAAAUUGUUUGGGAACGUAACAUACCUGUCGAUGGCCCGGAACGACUUGACUGAGAUACCAAAUUACGCAUUUGUUCGCAAUCCAGAUAUUCGCAGUAUAUUUCUGGAGCAUAAUUACAUUCGCAGCAUAGCACCACUUGCAUUUGCCGGAAUUCCUCAGCUGGAAGAGCUUGAUCUUAGUUACAAUCAAAUCAGCCCAAUUGAUUCCUACUUUCUUCACCCUCUUCCACAUCUAAGAGUUUUUAGAUUGUACAAUGUUCUUGGUUUGAUCACCAUUGUUGGAUUUGACCGAUUUCCAAAUGAUUUUUUCUCCACCCAGAAAGAGUUGACUUCACUUCGGUUGGGAAAAAAUUCUAUAGAAAAUCUUCCGGAACGAAUUUUCGAUGCACUAGCAAAUCUUCGACAUCUUGGAUUGGAGAAGAAUAAAUUAUCAACUAUAUCUAGACAGCAGUUCAAAGGACUAUUUGAGUUGAGCAGUCUGUCUCUUUACAACAAUGAUUUAAAGUGCUUGGAAGAUGAACAGUUCGAAGAUUUAAUAAACUUACAGUUAUUAGAACUGCAUAACAAUAAGCUAACAAAAAUUAAUGAUGUGGUAUUUAGUAAAAUGCAACGCUUAGAAAACAUUAGUCUGCAGAAAAACAAAAUUCGAGUGGUUUCAUCAGGUGUUUUCCGAGGGCUUCACCAAUUAAAAGUGGUUCAUUUGUAUGAUAAUUCCAUUGAGGUAUUGCCGUCGAAUAUUUUCGAGGAAAACGAUCAACUAGAGAAAAUCAUUCUAAGAAACAAUUUAAUAAAAAAUCUUCACAGUAACACUUUUAGAAAUUUGUCCAGGUUGCAGAUUUUGGAUCUUUCAGGAAAUAAGAUUCAGAAAAUAGAUUCCAACUCAUUUGCAUACUGCGAGCAAUUGAAAGUACUGUGGCUUUCAGGAAACGAUAUCAGAACGGUAAACAAAGCUGCUUUCCGUGGAUUGCAAAAACUUCAGCUGUUGGAUUUGGGCAACAACAAAAUGACGACUAUCAAAGACGAAACAUUCGAAAACAUGGGACUACUGAAGAGGUUGUAUCUUGGAAAUAAUCGUCUUCACACGAUAUCUACAAUUCAAUUUAAUUCGUUAGUCAGUCUGCAAGUAUUGUUGUUGGCCCACAACAACAUAACAACUAUCAACAGUGAAGUAUUCAGCAACAAUUGGCUGUUGGAAGAAUUGUAUUUGAAUGGAAACCAGAUAUCAGACCUAGUAUUUGGGCCAUUUGAUCGAUUGGAUAAUUUGAAAGUUUUGCAACUGUCAGAAAACAAUAUCAACCAUUUAAGAACUGCUGCUUUCAAUCCAUUGAAACAUUUAGAGUUUUUGUCGUUAUCCAAGAACAACAUAUCAUUCCUCCCGAACAACACAUUCCUGAGGAGUGAAAAGAUUAAAGUCCUGAAACUGAAUGAUAACAAUCUUAGUGCAAUUUCAGAUAGAUUACUUAUACCCCUGCGGGAGCUGGAAGAACUAUAUUUGGCAAAUAAUCAUUUCUCGCAAUUGCCCGAGCAAAUUUUCAAGAAAAAUUCACGUAUAAAAAUUCUGAACAUUGCCGGUAAUAAUUUAAGCUCGUUUGAUGUUUUGAAAACCGCAUUUUCCGACAGUAUAGAAAUUUUGGAUAUAGGAGGAAACCAUCUGACUGACAUUGAGAUUCCGCGCAAUUUGGUCAAACUUUUCGCUCAGAAUAAUGACAUCAGAACCGUUUUUACCGAAGCUACAUCCUACCAUCGGCUAGAAGUUCUAAACCUUAGCAACAACAGUCUAUACUACGUUGAUAAAAUGUUCAAAUUGAAUCGUCUGCAAUCAUUAGACCUGUCAAUGAAUAUCAUCGCGAAGUUCAAUAUCAGUCGUCUAUAUAAAUUACCGAACCUGAAAAAUUUCAACAUUUCCGGAUGUGGAAUGAGCAAUUUAACCGGAGAGCUGUAUGACGAUCAUCCUUCACUGGUGACGUUUGAUGUAUCAAACAACGAUCUACAUCAGUUUGGAUAUAAUAUUCUAUAUAAGUUCCCAUCCUUGCUGCAGCUGGGUAUCAAGGGCAAUCCUUUCGCGGAUCGUAAACAUCUAGCCAUCCUCAGGCCGAUUAGCUUUAUCGAUCCGGACUGCGAUUGUUUGAAGCUUUGGGGAACUAUCGAGUUGUUUUAA